CGUAGCGCCCUCACGGAAGCGCUCAAUUGUGAGGGCGGCACGCGCCUGUUAGACUAUGUGAAGCCAAAGGCUGAGGCGACUCCCAGUUGCACCGAGCGGUGCGGGACGCUUAGCAUCGUGGCCCGUGGCUUCCAUACUCGGGGGGACGACUAGGGUCCCCUGCUUCCCAACUGCCAGUCUUGUGCCUCCGUGGCCUAGAGGGGAGGAGAGGCCGAAGAGAAAACAUGAGCAUGCUGUUGCUUCUACUGAGUUUUAUCGUGUUCGCUUUACUGCUUGUCGUCUGGAAGAGCCGCUUUCAGAGCAGCGUUGGUGAAAUGUCAUCCAGUUCGACCUCUCUUGCACUAGUAAGAGCAACCUCUUCUACUGGGUCAACUAAGAGCAAUACUGAUAAUCUUUCAGUCGACAGCAUCUCUCGUGGUAUCUUAAUUAAUUCCCCACACACGAUAGCCAUGCAGAAGCGAAUAUUGAUAAACCUCAGGAUCGUGGAAUACAAGCUGGCUGAAUUGGAACAUUUCCUAAUUAUCAAGGGUUUAAAUGGUACAUUAGCUAACUGUAAAUCCACUGACAGGCUUAGAGAAUGUAAUGAGAGUGAAGGCAAUCAUUAAAAGCACUUUGAGUGAAUUCAUUUGAUUAUAUGUAUUCAUACCACAUGAAUUGUUGUUUAGAAGGGGAGGGGUUGCCAAGUCAGGUACAAAAUCCAGACAUUUAUAAAUUCGCUUUUACUGACAUUUAAAGAAUUGAUUACAUGUUUUAUAUGUGUAUACAUCUAUAUAUAUAUUAUAUAUAUGUAAAUAUGUUAUUUAAUAUGUAUAAAUGUUUAUUAUAUAUUUAUAUAAAAUAGAUAAACGUACUGGGCAAGGAAUGAAAGCACAAUAGAGAAUAACAGGUCCAAAGGUUUGCUUUAAAAAAAUAAGCUACAGUAAAAAUAUAGUUAAGAUAUAGUGAUUUUAAUUUCAUUCACGUGUGAAAAAGAGUUUUGGUGUACAAUAAAAUAUUGCAAAUGUC